UCGCGGUGCAAACUUUGAGUGUAGCGGAGGAGCGUGAGAACUUACCUGGUCGACUUUCCUAGUUGUGGGUUAAGGGUGAUGAUAGAUGUAAAGGAGAGGUAAAUUUCUCCUCUGUGUGCCAAGCUAGCUUGGUGGUACUGAGGACCCAUGUCAAGGAGUCCAGUACCCCCCAGGAAGCAGGUGGAAGAAGAGACGCGACGGGUGUUAGAAGCAUUCCUGCAAGGAGCAUUGUGCAAUGGAGAGGCAGGAGCCCCAGGCCAUGUGGGCCGAUGCUACCAUAAUCCCCAAAGUUACAUGCACAGGUCCCCAACUGAACAUGUGCCACAGUGUCCAGCCUGGACCCUCAUCCAUGAGGAGAUUAACCGCGUGGAGGAGAAAAAACAUGGCUUCCGUACUAGCAUCAAACACUUCUUGCGACGGCGGCCCAGCCCGCGUCGGUCCACAGACAGACAGCCUUCCUCAAAGGACUCCUUGAAGCAGUCCAAGGCAGGAGGCGAGGGAGGGGAAGGGGCUCGCCAGAAGCAUUCCUUCUCCUUCAAGAGCCUCCUGCGGAAGAAGGGUGCCACCUCAGAGGAGACGGUGGGUCCUGCUGACCCAUCUCAACGGCCUAAUUCUUUGCCUGUUGUCAGCUGUUACUGUAGCAAACCGCCAACUGAGGAACAGAAGCCCCAAGCAGCUGGUACCAAGGCUGAGGAUGCUGAGUUUUAUACCUUGGUGGCCCAGAAGCUGGACCACUUGGUGAAACAGCAACAGCUGAUUAGUCCUGUGGCAGUACCAAGUGUGCCUUCUCCCACAGUUCAGAUCAACACACUUCCCCUAGACACUGCUUCCAAUAUACCAGAUCAUCCAGAAGAGCUACCUGGAGAACUGUAUGCGAGACAGAAAGAGCAUAUCCUCCAGAAACUGUUUGCCCUCCUAGAACAGCAGGCUGGAGACAUCAAUAAGGAGAUUGAGGCCGACCCGUUGCUACGCAGCUCCGUCUCCCGGUUGUCAUACCGCAGCUUUUCCCGCCUGGUUGAGGCCUUCACGUCACGGACUCCACCUGGUGUCCCUAGCCCCCAGCUGGCCAAGCUGGCCCUCACCAUGGAGCUCACGCGGAAAGUGGCCGGAAUCAACAGCCACGCAGUACACACCCUUAUGGGCUACAGCCUGCAGUAUAUGGACAUGUUUGUGCCUUGGCUGCAGCAGCAAGGUGGCUGGGAGAAUAUUGUGGCCCAGGAUGAGAAGUUUGACCUGCAGCUCGACUAGCCACUCCUCCACCCUGAGCCAGUGCUCUGAUGACUGUGAAGCUUAUGCUCUUGUGACUUGUUAGGGGAAAUGUGACUGCUGAUGUUUGGCCCAGCUGUGGGCUUAAAGGUUCUGGGAAUCCCAAAGAAAAGAUAUGCGAGAUCCAGGUUUGCUUCCAAGGAGAUUAGCCUAUUGAGUAACUUACAAUACAUGCAAUAACAGCAAUCAGUCAGUAAUGCUUUCAUCAGCUGGGAUGAAUGUACAGGGAAGCUUGCUGGUCCAGGAGUCCAAACAAAGAGAGGUUAGCCCAAGUGCCCACUUUAGAUACGCCUGUUGCUUAUAGCAAAGCAUACAUUGAUACAGGUGUGAGCUUUGAAGUUGUAACCCUGAAGCUGAUGUAGUUAUAUCAUGCAAGACUCCACUGAUUGGAAAAAAGCUCUUUCUCACCAUAAGCUUCAAAGCUCGCUGGAGAAGGGAGGUCACAAAGGGAAGGACCAUCUCAGUUGUGGCAUCCUGUUUAUGGAACCAGCUUUCCAAAGAGGUGCGCCUGGUGCCAAGUCUUUAUUCUUUGCAAUGCCAGGCAAAGCCCUUUUUAUUUUCCCAAUAUUUGAAUAGCUGUUUUAUAUUGUAUAUUAAAUUUUGUAUGGUUUUGUAUCUUGGAUUGCUGCUUCCCCCUCCCUUGAUUUGUUGUGUAUGCUCCGUUAUACAUUGUGUGUGUGGGUUUUGAAUUUAUAGUUUGGGUUAUAUUUUAAAUGAUGUGUUUUGGUCUUCUGUAAUGGGUUUUGGCUUAUGGUGUUUGGGUAGUUUUAAUCUAUUGUAAACUGUUUCAGAGAGCCUUUCUGCUGAUGAACAGUAUAAAAAUACUCUAAAUAAAUAAAUACUAGCAAUUGAUCAAUUGAUUGACAUGGUCAUACUACGAUUGAUGAGCACGGUUAUGCUGAGGCUGAUGGCAGUUAAGUGUAGUUGGUGCCAUAAUAUAAUUAACUCAGCCUAAGUCUAGAAUGCAAGCUUGUUAAUGAGCCUGGUAAGCAGAUAUUUGCUUAUUAUUUCAGGACAUGAUUCUAUGGGUCAGUCCUUCAUUCUUGCCAAGAGUCCUAAGACAGGCCUGCCUCGUCAAUAACCAAAAAGCAAACUAAGCAGAAAAUGAAAGACAUUGAGGUCUAUAGAGCUGAAUAACUUUUUACUGUCCCAUCUUCUCCUUAAACCAAGGUGUAAAGGCCAGCUGAGGCAGAGGCUUUUGUCCUUGUAACCAUGGGUGGAGUUUUACUCAAGUCCUGAGGAUCUAGAAAUGUGCAGAAGUUUAGAAUCAAUCAGUGCACAUGGAAUGAAUUGGAGAAACUGACAGUCGUGCACAGCCUGGCAUAUUGUAUUUAUGUUGCAGAUCUGUUCCUGCAGAAUUUGGAGUUUAGUUUUUCAAAUUUGACUUUUUACUUGGGAGAGGAGAUAUGGAAGUUGUUAAAAAGGAGAGAGAGAACAAAGGCAUCGGCAUAGGAUGGAGAAAAGACUGAUAGUUUGAUUUAAAAUUUAGUCCAAAAUCAUACUUGGUGCUUGUUUCAAUACUUGAUUGUUCUGUUGGUAUUUAUUGUACUUGUGCAUCUUUUUUAAAAUUUGGGAGCCAUUUGGGGAGGCUUUGCAGAUGGAAGGGAGGCCUGAAUAUAUAUAAAUAAAGAUAUAUAAUCCCUAUACAAAACUUGCUUGAAAAUAAGUCUUGUUAAACUCAAUGGGACCACCUUCCAAAUAAAUAUGUGUAGGAUUAGGUUGCAAGACUCUGAACCUAAUUUGACCCUCAAGCUCAGGGAUAUAGCAAUGUUUCUGUGAAAUACUAAUAGCUUUUUUUUUGAAGCAUCUGUGAUUGUUAUGUACAGUAUAUUUUUAAA